CCUUGGUCUUGUCUGAUAAUAUACUCUUUGUUGUCUGUUCUGUUUUUGUUUAUUUAGUAUGAAAGUUUUUGUAAUUUUAUUUUAAAUACUACUGUAGUUUAGUUUAAAUUACGAAAGCGAUUUUAGCAAUGAAUAUUCUUGAUGAUAUCUAUAAAAAUAGUUUACAACGGAGCGAGAAGAAUAUUAAAUUUUGGGAAGAAUACUUGCAGAAUCUGACCUCGCUUGACUUUAGUGUUUACUCAGACAAACUGUCCGUGCCAAUAUUAGUGCCAAUAGGUAACAAGAUCUUGUUUAGGGGAUCUUUGAAGCAUACAAAUGAAGUUACUGUUGCUCUUGGUGCGGAUUACUUUACUAAAUGUUCUGUAAAACAGGCUGAAGUAUUAAGACAACAUAGGAUAAAAGAUGCAAAGUGCAAACUCGAGACACUUAAUAAAGAAAAAGAAUACCUUGAAAGUCAAAUAUCUUUUGGGAAAGGAACUAUUCAUGAUAAUCAAGGUCAAGAUAUUAUUGAAGAAUGUAGUGAAGAGGAAGACAAAGUUUGGAGAGAGCAACAUAGAGAAAAAGUUAGAGAAUAUUACCAAAAUAAGAAAAACAAAAAAUCUGAAAAAAGUCCUAUUUCUGAUGAGGAUUUAUGGUCAAGAUUGGAAGAACUUGAGCUUCAGGAGGAAUUGGAAAAUGAACUGUCUCAUGAUGGCAAUCAGCGAGAACUAGACGAUAGUGACGCAAAUGUAUAUGACUCAUUUAUAAUCAAAGAAGAUGAUGUCAGUAAUAUUCCAGUGGAUCAAACGACUGAAAGACAAGAUGUACCACACAUUACUCACAACUUUCCAAAGAAUACUUCAAAAGUAGAUUUGCUACUUCAAGUGAUUGAUAGACAAAAAAUGCUUGAGGAAAAAUUGUCUGAAUUGAAAACGAGAGACCGUGUUGAAACAAAAACAGAAAGUGAUCUAAUGUCUAGGCUGGAUGAGAUGGAACAAAUUGAUGAAUUGGAAGAUGAGAUGAACAGGUUAGAUGAGAUUAUUGAUGAAGAUGAUGAAGAAGUAACAAAUGAUUCUGUAAAAAGUGAAGAUACUACAAAAGUUACCAGAAGUGUUUCCUUUGCUGAUCAAUAUGAUGGUAAAACUAUAGAAAUAAAUUUCAAGCAUUCAAAUAUUGGAGGUCCUGAAGAAGAUUAUGUAGAAGAAAAGGGCAUUACAAAACCAAGUGACAUUUACAAAGCUUAUUCAACAUUAUUCAGCAAUGAAACGAGUUCCAUAUUGAAAAAAUCUAAAUAUGAUGAUAAAAUAGAUAAUGUAUGUGAACAUGUUGUUACAGAUCCCAUUAAAGUGCCUCAACAUGUUGGUCAUGUAGAUGAUGUGAAGACUAUCGUUGUUAAAGAUGUAAUUGAAAGAUCAGAUAAUAAUGAAAAUAAAGUAUGUUAUGAUACAAGACCAACAAGCUUAUUCAAAAAAAAGAGACAGCAACAAAAAUCCUAAUGCAUAAAUAAAUAUGUGAUAGUAAAAUAA